CUCGUCAUUCACAAAUCCCACGAGCUGCUGCUCCUCCGCCUGUCCACGGGUGUAUCCAUGGCAACAGCGUCUGCUUGUUGAUCAUCCCAAGAUGGCGGACGAGGAGAUCUCCGCGGCGCUCCCGGUUUCCACUGAAGCCAAGAAGCGACGAGCACCCAAAGAAUUGUACAUAGGAGCGCUCCUGCUGCUUCUCCUCCUUUCCACCAUUCUUCUUCUAUGCCGUAGAUGCGCACGUCUGACGUCUCCGGAGCUUCCCAUUGUGGAGAGGAGAAACUGGCUGAUCCACCAGCACUACAUCCGUAAGGACUAUGAUACCUGCAAGGCGAUCAUCAAAGAACAACUGCAGGAGACUAACGGAACGUGUGAAUACGGCAUUUAUGUCCAAGCACUAAUCAUGCGUCUCGAGGGCAAGAUCCAACAGUCCCUGGAGCUGUUUCAGAGCUGCGCCAUCCUCAAUCCCAGCAGCGCCGACAAUCUCAAGCAAGUGGCCAGAUCGCUAUUUCUCCUGGGAAAGCACAAAGCAGCUAUUGAAUUCUAUCACGAAGCUGCAAGGCUCAAUGAGAAAGACUGGGAGAUCAGUCAUAAUCUGGGCUUGUGCUACUUCUUCAUCAAAGACCUGAAGCAUGCUGAGGAGCAGCUAAACAUAGCUCUGCGGAUUAAUAAGCACGACAAGACGUUCAUGAUGCUCGGGAAGGUUCACCUGCUGGCCGGCGAAACGGACAAGGCCGCCGAAGUGCUCCGGACGGCCGUGGAAUUUUCUCCAGAGAACACUGAACUCUUGACUACUCUCGGCCUGCUGUUUUUACAGCUCGGGAAAUACCAAAAAGCAUUUGAGCACCUCGGAAAUGCCCUCACUUUUGACCCAAACAAUUACAAGGCUAUCCUGGCUGCAGGCAGCAUGAUGCAGACCCACGGGGACUUUGAUGUGGCCAUGAACAAGUACCGAGUGGCGGCCUGCGCUGUGCCUGAGAGCCCCCCCCUCUGGAACAACAUCGGCAUGUGCUUCUUUGGGAAAAAGAAAUACGUAGCAGCCAUCAGCUGCCUGAAGCGAGCCCACUACAUGUCCCCCUUUGACUGGAAGGUGUUGUACAACCUGGGGCUGGUUCACUUGACCAUGCAGCAGUUUGCCUCUGCCUUCCACUUCCUCAGCGCCGCCAUCAACCUGAACCCCCGCGUGGGGGAACUCUACAUGUUGCUGGCAGUGGCUCUGACCAACCUGGAGGACGUGGAGAACGCCACCAGAGCGUACGAGCAAGCCGCCACCAUCGACGAAUCCAACCCUCUCGUCAACCUCAACUUCGCCAUCUUCCUCUAUAACCACGGCGAUAAAAAGGCAACGCUGGAUCAGUAUCAGGAGAUGGAGAGGAAAGUCAACCUACUUCGAGACAGCAAUAGCACCUUUGAGUUUGAUCCCGAGCUCAUGGACAUGGCUCAGAAGAUGGGAGCUGCCCUGCAGGUGACAGAGGGUCUGGCGUGGACUAAACCCGCCAAGGACUCCAAAUCCAAACCCAGCUCUGCCGCAGCCACCAAUGCCCCCGGUCCUCCUCUUGGUACCAACCAAGCUCUGGGCCAAGCCAUGUCUUCUGCCGCCAGCUACGGCAAGAGCCUGCAGCAACCAGCAGGAGCGGCCGAAGGCUCCCCGGCGCCCCUCGAGCCGGAACCGGACGCGGAGAGAGCCCCCAGCCCCCCCACCGGCCCCCCGGGCUCCCCAAAACCCGCAGAGUCCGAGAAUCCCAGACCCAGAACCUCAAAGCGGAAAUCCAAGGCGGAGGAAUGAGUUGGCUCGCUAGCUGCGAUCUGACUGGACGUCUUUGUCACAUGGGUUUGGGAGCCGAUGAAAAUAGCUUGAAAUGAAAUAGUUCUGCUUCAGGUGGUUUAAAAUCGAAUGGGCCACGAACACCAACUAAAUAUUUCAAACCUAAUUCCGAGAUAAUCAGGUGUUUGUCAUGAAUCCGUGUACAUGUGGCGCGUUGGGUGCACGUGUGAAACCAAUUCUAAUUGCAUGAUAGAAUUGAAUGUGGGCCUUUGUGCACUUACAAAUGUUAAUAUUUGAAUGAGCUUGGCAAUAAGAUCAAGUGAUGGAUCUUCCUUAAAUUGACAUUUGAAAAGAGGUCGUCAGUCUUGAAAUAUAUAAAAUGCUGCGACAAUCACUGCUAACAACACGAUGGGAUGUUCAUGAAUAGGUGCAGGAUAAUUCCUGUUUGUACGAUAGGGCUCUUUUUGAGGGUUAAGUGUAAAUAGUGAUACACACUUUUAUAUGUGGAUAAAUGUCAUGUUUAUAGAGUCAUGUAUUUAAUAUUAAAGAAGAUACUUUAAAGAAAAUGGCAGCGUCGCG